GGUCAUUCGGACGUCGGCUGUCGACGAGUUCAGUCCAGUUUUCUGCAACUUCCUAGAAGUGGAUGUUCUUAGUUUUUUUUUAGUGAAACAAUCAUAAGUUCUUUGAUUUGUGUGAAGCUUUUCUGAUACAGUCUCACCAUGACCGAAAGCGAUGAAAUUUCUUGAAUGUAAAAUAGUUGUUCAUGAUUGAACAGAUGUGACUGCUAACUGUACUCGCCUAUAUCGACUUUUCCUUUCAUUUGCAUUAUUCAUUAGUGGACUUCACCCCAAUUUAGGUCGAAUAAUAGUGCAUUCUGUGGCUGAUUUCCUGCCCGUGACUUUCCUCAACAUUUUCGGUUGGUUUUCACUUGGUUCGCAAUUAACACUUGCUUCAGCGCUCUUUAUCUGUAUCAGUGUGUGUUUUAACGGUGAAGUGUGACUAUAUAAUGAAGACACGUAAUACAAAAAUGAGUGAUUCAGCUUUUUUAAGCGGUAUCAACUUGCAACUGCCAUGCCCAGUGUUAUUGCUUUAGAAGAGAUAGUUCUCUCAUUCAAAGUUCGGAGUUUUAUCUACAGCUCAAACAAGCGUGGUUUUACAAGAAAAUGCCAACAUUAUCAACACGCCGGCAAGAGGAUCUUUUGGAAGAAAGCCCGGAGUUUGCGAUUGUACAAGUAGAUCAUUUCCGGAGAAUAGAAAAACCUAAUGCCAUUGUGCGGCCACUUCGGCACAACAGAGAAGUAAUCGAAGGACAACACAUCAUUAAUCUGCACCCGGACUACAAAUUACUACGUGACUUGGAAGCCCAAAUUAUACGAAAGGAAAACCCCGAUAGCAACAGUGAUAGUAACAACAACAUCAACACCAUCGUCACUCUCAAUACAGUGGUGAGCGUAGGAAAGAAAACGGACCGGGUAAAGCAUAAUGAAUUUACUAAAGAACUGGAUGCUAAACUACGACGGUUGCAAAAUGAUUCCUCCAAGCGCUCAUCCAAAAAUGCUAGUUCCCAGGAUGUUAACGUGAAAAGAAAGCCUCUAUUCAUUACAACUGUGCCCAAGGGCAUAUUCCUACAACCAAGCAAAGAACUACCGGUGUUGGCCCCCUCGGCGGCUACUCUACGACGUCUGUAUGCAUAUGAAAGCCGCCCAAGGAUUUUGACCGCGAACAGCCUUAACAGUAACAAUAACAACGAUAUCAAUCAUCCCAACCACAACCAGCAGUAUUUGAACAAGCGUGUCAGCCAUCACAAUAAACUCCCUAUCGCUGAAGCCGAAUCCGACCCCGAUGCGGCCAAGGCUAUUGCUAAUGCACCGAACGGGGCUCCGAAGCACAACUGCUCCAAUCGCAUCGCGAGAAUUCACCACCAUGCCUCCUAUCAAAAUGUGAUGCACGAUCGGCGGGUCAUCCGGGGUAGCAAUUUUAUCGUGGGCAAUUCCCAAGAGUGGAACCCUUAUUUCGCUUAUGCUGGUCUUCUAUCAGGAAAGGGCGACGGAGAUAAUUUGCAGAAAGAAGCGGAGGCUCGUCGUAGGCAACUACUUCGUAAAAAACAUGUUGCCCGCAAUCAGCGUGGAAUCAUCGGCACACCACCAGCUGUCAGAGGACGAAAACAUGAAAACGUACAAACCGAAAAAUAUCUCGAAGAGCUCUUCGUUCGUCCCCCAGAGAUGGACGCCGGAUGUCAGACGGAUUUGUUCCUUUACAGACCACCAUCACCACCGUAUGUUCCACAAAAUGUUGGUCAAGACGUUGCAACUGAAAUCCUGGAAGGCGAACUGUUUGAUUUCGAUGCCGAAGUUCAACCGAUUAUUGAAGUACUGGUGGGUCGUACCAUUGAACAGGCUCUCAUAGAAGUUCUUCAUGAGGAAGAAAUAGCGGAGAUGAAGCGGCAGCAGCAACAAAUCAUGGCUAUUCGUGAAGCUGAACUGGCCGAGCUCCGUCGUUUGGAAAUAGAGGACCGUAAGCUAAUUGCAGAGAAGGAGCGCAGAAUACUGCAGGAUAAAAUCGCUCAGAGCUUAGACAAGGAAAUGCAAGAGCGUAUUACUGCUUCGAAAUUGUUGCAGGGAAGAAUCGAUGAUCUUCUGCCAGACGUACUCGAUACCGUAGAAAACAUCAAGAGUGAAAAAGAUCGCAAUGAAUUUGAACGGCAAGUUGCUCCGUGGGUUGCGAAAGAGGUUGCUCAGGAAAUAGGGCGUAUGAUUGAUUCUAAAGAGUUACUUGAAGAUAUCAUUCGAGAAGUGCUGGUCCAAAAGAAAAAUCAACUCUUUGGACCGCCAAACGCCUCCAAAAUUGAUGGUAUUACUGAUUGUAUUGAGGAAUUGGAUGAAAACGAUAAAAGCGUUAGUUAUACAGGAAAAUGCAACGCUGAUGAUUUAGAACAAAAAGAGAAUGAUGUUGAUAUCGUUGAAAACGGUGAUUCCUAGAAUGAUUUGUGAUAUGUUUGGCCUUAAAACUGCAAUUAGCAAUACAGAAAUUUUUUAUAAUGUAAUUAAACUCAAUCGCCAUUAUGAAAUUCAAAUCAUUCAUUGAAUAAUGGAAUAAAAUGGUAACAUUCAGACAGAUAUUUAAUGAUUUGCGAAAAAAAUUCACCUGUAAAAUAUUAGUAGACGUAUCUGUUAGAUUCAUU